UAAUUUUAAAUUUGUCUGAUGUCUGCUACAUUCACACUCGUGUAAAUAAUGGUCGUUGAUUGGAGAUUGAGCUUAAAGAUUUCAGAGAAAUACAUGAAUAUUAAAAUGCGGAAGAAAAGUUAAGUAGAGGUAGAGGGUAGAGGUAGAAGUAGAGGCAGUGAAAUCUAGUGUUGACACCUUUGACAAGUGCGGGGUCGCCCUUACACGUUUUGUCUGCCGCAAACAAUAAUCAUUGCACCUGUUUACUAAAACUACCCAGUGUUUUAAUAAAACAAACAAAUGUUUUGUCGCAAUUGCCGUUAAUUGUUUGUACAAACGUCUGCUUCAAUGUCUGGUUGCUCAAUAAGUACCGAGUAUUGUGUCCAUUGUAAAAUUGAACACAUGGAACAAGUGAAGACGUUCAGUAUUUUACUGUAGGCAGUAAUUGGGACAGAAGUUGACGUUGAGGUAUUCUGAUUCAGUAGUUGGCCAUAGACAAAUAAGGGUAAAGUUGGAACUCAGGCUCAGGACUACUGGAAUGUUGGCUGAUUCCAAUAGGUAUGGAGAUCACGAACGAGGGUAAUAAGGAGUUAAACGACACACCUGUUCUAACGACACAAAUCACCAGCCCGGGAUAUGACAAUGGCAUUGGAAGUUUGGAGGUGGUCCAAGAAACGUCAAAGGCUCUACUUGCCAAGUGUCACUCUAAGCAGCAACCGGAAGAUCUCGAUCUUGGUAGCAAAGAUGACACCAAUGGCGAGUCAAGAAUUGAAAGAGAUUCACUUGAAAAAGAAAUAGAUUCUGAUAAAACAGUUAAAAGUCCGAGUUCAUUGGCUUUUACCAUUGACUUUGGUGGUAAUAAACAACUUGAUUCUGCUAAAUAUAAUAAUUUAUUUAAGCGUUACAAUGCCAGGCAUAAAAGAAAUCUUUCGACAUCUAAAAUUGAGAUCAAAUCUAAACCUGUUGCUGACUUAUCGCCAAAUUGUACGCAAAAACACAAGCCACUGAGUAUUCAUUCCGAGGGAUAUUUUAGCAGUGAAGAUGAUAGCAAAAGAAAAGCUGAUAGACUGUCGCAAAAGUUGAAAGAAUUAGGGUUAAAAAAUACAAAGGGUGCUACUAAAAAGUCUGAUCUAAUGUCGAAAUCGAUGACUGAGAACACCAACGGCGAGACGAAACGUAGAUCGUAUCACGAGGAGUCGAUGAAUAAUUGUACCUAUGAAAUAACUUACUCAGCGACGAUGAAUGACUUGAGCAAAAUGCAAAGUAAUGUUGAGGAAGAGUUUAAUCGCGUCCAAUACUCACCGGAGAAAAAGUACACCAAGAAUAUCGAGUACAUUGAAAUAAAUCACGACUACAGUGAGGAAAUUGAAAAGUCUAGUUUGGAUACCGUUGAAAAACUUUCAAACACGAGUUACCUGUCCGACAAUUGUCCAUCUAAUGAAUUCGCCAGCAGCAGCAGUAGACAAACGAACGUGCAGAUGAUGAGUGUCAGUUACACUGGAGAGUCGAGUGGUGAUUUUGAUCAAACGAAUCUAGAAGUUUUUAACGUGAGUACUGUUGAUGCUGGAUCUGAUGGUACAGUGAGCGAAGCUGGUACAUAUACGAUUCACAAAGAUUACACAGAUGAAGAAAAAGCGAGAAUGGAUAUUGACAAAACCUUUAGUGUUGGAGUACUGACUGAAGAAGAGAGUAAUGAACUGUACGUCCAUCAUUUUAAAAUGCGAAGUUCUCGUGAUACAAAUACUUGGAUUACCGAGUGGGCAACUCAAGUUGCCGAGCACAAUUCACUGCCGCCUGUGAUCGGUGGCACCAGUGGACGUACGCCGCCAAUGAGUCCGUCAAAAAUUCCAUCCCCGAUUUACUCCCGAAAUCCGAGAGCAUCGAGAAGUCGUUAUGAGCAAAGCGACAGUAGUUUGGAUGCUGAAGUCCAGCAGAUUCGUGAUAGAAUUAUUUCAGUGUCAAAUAAUAAUAAUCAGCACACGCUAAUUGAUUCUGGUGGUGAGUCUGAUGAAGACACCAGCAAUAGUUACAACACUCCGCCCCAUAGUUCUCAGCGCACUCCAACGCACAGCGCUCUGGUACGUCGUGGCAGUCUGUCCGAGUCUCUAUUCAAGCGAGCGAAUCACAAUGACUGCCGGCGUAGCAUGAGAAAGUAUCCAGAUGUUAAUAAAAAAGAAGAAAUUCUUGAUGUGCCAAAGAGUCCGUCCCACGUUCUCGCUCGUCUUCAUCUUGAACGUGGUAAUUCAUUAGAUAGAAAGUCUGAUACCGGGGAAUCAAACUCAUCACGACGUAGUAGUCUUAAGAAUUAUAUAGCUGAUGAUAAUUUUAAGCACACAAACAGUCCAAUUUUAAAUCGUAUCCGUACUAACAAUUCUACGACUUAUAAAUUAACAAAUAGUCCAAUACUAGGACAUAAAAAUAUAACGACUAAGAUAUUAAACUCGCCGAGCUUUGAAAGACCUAAGCAGCUGUUAGUUAAAUCAAAUUCACAAGCUAAAAAUGUUGGCUACUUCACGUGCGUUGAAAAUAGUCCGUACAUGCUGAGGAAGUCCAACAGUACGUCGAACUACAGAGAAGACACAUCACCGGGUAUAAAAGAGUUGUCAGUUCUGAAUAAUAGUUGCAGUUAUCAGCGGAAUCCUGUGGGUAUCCAGCGCUCUUCUAGUAACACAAGUAUACGCAACGCCAAGACCAAGAGUAUGCUGGCACGACGUAGCAGCUUUAAUGACCAAGCUGAGAGAUUGUCCAAGGCCAAACAUAUCGUAUCGGACAGCAGCAGCGAAGCUGGUGAGACGCACAAUGUUCCAGCGCCGCCAAUAUCUUCGGGCAUUAAAUUAAAUCGGGCAUUCAGUAUUCGCAGAGCGCGUGUUACUUGCGACUCGGACACGACUCCAAAUACAACUCCAGAGGAACGCAGACGGAAAGCUCAAUUGGAAAUAAAAUCCGCUCCGUCUUCUGCGCGGCAACAAAGUCAUCAUCGUGGAAGGACAAGUAGCGUUGGUGCGAGUAAUAAAGAUAAUUACAAAAAACCUGAAGCACGGCCUCGUGUUCCUUCAUUGUCGAGAAAUGAGGGUGGCAGGUACAGUAUGCGAGGACAAAAAAGUACAUCUAGCGCAUCAGCUUCACGGCCUAGUUCCGGUGCUAAAGUCAGCAAAGAACCGAAAAAUUCAGGUCGCAGUAAUUCAACGUUGACUUCUAAAGAAGUUGAGUUUCAGAAUUGGAAACGUAGAAAAAAUUAUGAUCCUAUGAAAGCUGCAGCAGAGGGUAAAAAGAAGUUGGAUACUUCAAGAAAACAUCACAGCACUGAAGAUGGUUCCAAUAGUCGUGACAGUUCUGUUUUACGGUCAGCAAGUUUUCAUGGUACACGUGGAGCGCUUUCUUUGGCUGACGAUUGGUCUGACAAUGAAUUAAAUUUUGUUGAACAAAAAGAAAUAAUUCAGAUACCACCACCAUGUAGUCCUCGGGACAGUGACAGUGAUUUAGACACCUCGUCUUAUUUACAGACAACUCAAAAUGUUAUGUCUGCAAUGUCUGCAAGAAUUACUGUCUACCAGCCAGCUCCAGUUGAUUCUGGAGGCGAGAGUGACGAAGAUACCAGUCAGAGUUUACGGCAAACAACUAAAUUAUCGCACCAAGUGAGUGACACUGAGAGCAGCGACGAUCCCCAGCUCGGUUCCAAGUUCAAUCGAUCAUACGGCCUGAGGAAACCACGUCAAGUCCAAGAGGUAAAAAGCGCCCCGAUAAAAACACGAACUCCCGUAGUUAACUCAAGGCCAAAGUCCGAGACCGGCAGUAUCGCACGCACUGAUUCCGGAAGAUUCAGCAUGCGGUCCAAGGGUUCAACAGCCACUGGACCAAAACCCAAACCCAAGGACGUUAAGAAGCAGAGCCAAUCGCUGGCAAGAGAACAGGAAAUGCAGAAUUGGAAGCGACGAAAGAGUUACGAUCCGAUGAAAGCUGCUAUGGAAGGGAAAAAAAAAGCCGGAUUAGUUAAAAAAAAUCUUAACUCUGAGUCUUCCAGUGUACUGAGAUCUCAAAGCUUCCAUGGGCCUGUUAGUUUUGGCAUCAGCGAGUGGAGCGACGAAGACGUUUCGGCCUCUGCUGAUGAAGCUCCGAUUUAUUGAUAAUUAUUAUGAUAAUGAUAUACUAAUUAUGAUGACUCGAUAUAAUUAUUACGACAAUUAUCUCAAUGUAAAGUUUCACUAUGCUAUAGAUAAGUCGGUGAGAAAAAUCCAUGACUUAAAAUUAAUUAAACUUAAAUUUAUUGCGCAAUCGGAUUAUCAAUUUAGUUAUUAAAUUUUUUUAUUUUCGUAUGUUAUAAACAUGAAUAUUUAUAUUUAUAUAUAUUUUUUUUGCUAUGACGCAUGAUGUUUUUUUUCUAAAUUUGCGUUAAGUGAUUAUUGAUAGACAAAAAUUACUGCUGAUUAUUGCGACUUUUUAUUCGAGUAUCGAAAGAAAUAAAAUGAACAAAAAGUAUGUAAAAAAAAAAUAGUUUAAAUUAAUAAUGCAAUGCUGAAAAUGGAAUUAUAUCUUAGGGAUUAUCUCUAAUUAUCUAUAAUUGUACAAAAUAUAAUGUUUUAUUAUUUACAGUAGGAUUUCAUAUUUUUUGAGAUUGCAAUUUACUUUAUUGCACUGAUAUAUCGUUGCUAAUUCCAAAAGGAUAUAUAUCUAUGAGCCUUUUUGGCUUUAGGGAACUUCCUAAAGCCAGAGGACGUAUGAUUUUUUUUUAUCAUAAAUCAUAUCGUAGACUUAUUCUAAAAUGAAUUUUUUUUUAGCUCUAAAAUAAGUCUAGUAAAAAAUUGGCAAUAAAAAAAAUCACAUGCCCUUUGGCUUUAGGAAGAUCUCAAAGGGAUUCCCAAAAAGGCUAAUAAAAGUGUAAGUCUUUCUGGAAUUAAAAAUGCGAUAUAUUUACAUUGAGUGAUUUUUUUUGUUUAUUCACAUUUAUUUUACAAGAGAUGUAUAUUUGAUUUAAAGAUAAUCAAUUGUAUUCUAUGAUAAUUAUAAAUUUAUUUCUAUUGGAUUUGUUAUGCUGGUGAAAAAUGUGCCUCUAUUAUUAACAUAAAUUAUUAUUCAAAUUGUUAUUGCUAACGUUGAGUUUGAUAUUUAAAUUUGUUUACCAUUUUUUUUUUAUAAUUAAAAAUACUAUUAUUUAUAUCAACGUUGAACUAAAAGAAUUUUUAUAUUAUUUACAAUGUAAAAUUUACAAUGUGAUCGC